AUGCUAGAUGGUUUGAGCCCCAAGGACGGGCACGCCGAUUUGCAUUCAAACCCAGACAAUUUGAUUAGUUUGUCGACAUGGCUGAUCAAAAACGAAUGGGAUGGACACGCCGAUAUAGUAUGCAGUCCUGAAGAAGCAAAGUUCAAGUGGGAUGACCCUCCCACUCGCUACGAGGUUACACAUCUACUCUUUAGAUAUUUUGGUUCAAUUCCAACGGGGGAUGGGUUUUCGAGACACCUCACCUCGUCCCAUGUACCCAGCCGUGCUUGCGACAAUAUGGCCCAGGUCAGCGCCUGGAUCAAUUCAUGCUUGUCAGACCACGACAAGUGCCGAAAAGUCCAACAGGACUCUACAAACGCUGGCCAGCUGCCCGCGAGGCUCCUCGACCUGGAACGAGAUCGAAUCUCGCUAAAGUGUGAUGUAGCUGGCAACGACAGUAUACAAUACCUCACUCUCAGUCACAUGUGGGGGCCAAACCCAACGCAACAGCUGCAACUAGUCACUUCAAGACUAAAAGAGUUCCAGCUCGAGGUCCCUCUCCAGGAGAUGUCUGUCAUAUUCAAGGAGGCUGUGAGAAUCACGCGUGCUUUGGGAUUUCGAUACCUGUGGAUCGAUAGUCUGUGUAUUAUACAAGACUCGUCAUCGGACUGGGAGCAAGAAGCCAGCAAGAUGGCAACGACAUACGGGAACGCGGUUUGCAGCAUAGCCUUCUUGUUCCCACCCGGUAACAAUGGCAUGGUACUACGGAAGGAUCCCCGGAGAUGGAACGCGUGCGUAGUUCGUGAUCCUACACGUGAUAGCAAGGGAAUCUGGAUUUCCCGGUUGAACUCACGGUCUGCGAUACGGCGCCAUGAUUGGCCCUUGUUCUCUCGAGCGUGGACGUUCCAGGAACAUCUUUUGUGCCCGCGCACUCUUCUCUACGGGCAAGAGAACCUGAUGUGGGAGUGCUCAGAGGUCUUCUGCGACGAGCUGAUGGGUUCGCUCAAGACGCUGGAACAACCCCAUAGAAAACAUACGUGGGAAUGGAGCUGGAAAGCAGUCACCAAACCAAAACUCUAUACGCAAAUGUUGAGUAUCAGAUCCGUACCAGCACUCGGCGCGUCUGCCAAAGAUGUGCUGGAAGUUGGAACCAUCUGGGCGAAUCUCGUUCUCGAGUAUCGAGAGAGAAACUUGACUGUGGCGAAAGAUCGCAUCAUGGCAUUCGCGGGCAUCGCCCGGGCAAUACACAACAUGACCGGACUGACGUAUCUCGCCGGCACCUGGCUCGAGUACAUCCAGCCUUGCCUGCUAUGGAGCCAUCCGCACGACCACGCCCAAAAACCCCGAGAACCAGGCUCACUGGACGCUCCCAGCUGGUCAUGGUUCCGCGCCUCACUGUACCCUCGUGACUUAUUCGACUUCACCUCCGCUCCAGACGUCCACCUCUUCAGAAAGUCGUAUGUCAGACGCGUUUUCUGGGCUGAAGCCGUCUCGUUCAAAUUCCCGUCCCACCCCAAGAACCACGUGCCCCAACCCGCUUUCUACAAUUUCGCCGGCUUGCGCUUGACUCUCAACGCGUUGACGGUGAGAACUAGCUAUGCGCUGGACUUCGAGUCUUGUCUACCGACACGGAUCGAGGCGCUCUACGGCGGGGAUAGUAGCGCGCAGAUCGACUGUUGCUAUGACAGCCAUCCACUGCAACGAAAAAAAGAACUAUUGGGUGACGUCCGCUUAGCGCUCAUCAUGGAGUUUGAGUACUUGGAUCACAGGGCAACGUACUCAGCGGGCCUGUUGCUGGUGCCGGGUCUAGAGGAGCAGACUUGGAGGCGGAUAGGCGUGUGGACGGUUGAUGUUUGCGAUAUACCUCCGGAGCACGGGCGGGUUCAAUCUGUCCUGAAUCUGCUGGGAGAGUGCAGGGUGGAAGAGGUGACUUUGGUCUGA